AUGUCCACCCCAGACGACCUCCCGCACGGAUACCAGGCUCUCCCCGCACAUCCAGACCAAUCAGACCCCCUUGUGCCCGCCAUGGGCAACGAAGAACAGCUCCCAAAGCCCGAGGGCAGGAAAGGCGAUACCCUCGCCCUCUACGCCGCUAUCACCGCCGCAGCCAUAUUCACCGUCGUCACCUGGGCCAUGGUGCUCAACAACAACCCCUCCGCCCUGGGCUGGUUCGCCUUCCACCCGACCCUCCAAAGCCUCGCCAUCUUCUUCUUCACCCUCGGCAUACUGACCCUCCAGCCGACGUCCCAGCCGUCCACAAAGGCCGCCGGCCUCCAGCGCCACCAGAUCGCAAUGCUCCUCGGCGUGCCCACCAUCAUCCUCGGCGCCCUCUCCAUCAUAUGGAACAAGCGCAUCCACGAGGCGCCCCACUUCACAACCUGGCACGGCGUCUUCGGCAUCCUCUCGCUCACAUGGCUCGCCGCCCAGUUCGCCCUCGGCGCAGCGAGCGUCUGGUUCGGCGGCGCUGCCCUCGGCGGCGGCCCCAGAGCCAAGCGCGUCUGGAAGCUCUCCGGCUACGUCCUCCUCCCGCUCGUCCUGGCCACCGCCAACUUCGGCGGCGCGUGGUCCGCGUGGGUCACGAGCAGCAGCGCGCACGGCGUCCGCAUCGUCGCGUACACCCUCGCCCCCGCCGUCAUCCUCGCCUCGCUCUACAGCCGCAUCAGGCCCUCGAAGAUGAGGUUUCUCUAG